AUGGAUGAGAGCGGCAAAAGUAAGGGGUUUGGUUUCGUCCAGAUGGACACGGAGGAGGCCGCUCAAUCGGCCAUCAGAGCACUCAAUGGCAGAUUCCUUCAGGGUUCAAAGAAGAAGCUAUAUGUAACGAAGUUUGUCAAGCAAGACGAGAGGCAACCAUUGCCCGAAAGACAAAACAAGACUAACCUUUAUAUCAAGAACCUGGAUUGGGCCAUCACAGAUGAGGCCCUGCGGAAAAGAUUCUCACAGUAUGGCACCAUCAGAAGUUUUGUUGUGAUGAAAAAAAAAGAUGGAAAGUCUAGAGGAUUCGGAUUUGUCGACUUCCUUUCGGCAGAGGAUGCUAAGAAUGCAUUAAAUGACAUGAACGGCUUAAAAUUUGGAACCAGGACUGUAUACGUUGGAUAUGCUCAGACAAAGAAGCAACGUAAGGUUUUGCUAAGUCGUCUGUUUGGUGGGACACAACAUGGAAUGCAACAGGUUGAUUUGUGUAUAGUUGAAUUGCAGCAAAAUGCGACUAUCUUUGUGAGAAAUCUUGAGGAGUCAGUUGAUGGUAAAGCCUUGAGGGAACAUUUUGGUGCCUCUGGAAAAAUAUGGUGUGCAAGGGUCAUAUACAAUAAAGUAAAUGGACAGAGCAUGGGAUUUGGAUUUGUACGCUUCUUCUCGACUGAGGAGGCAAAUGUGGCUGUCCAAAGAUUCAAUGGUAUUAAACUUGAAACUCUAAGUUCACUAAUUGUCUGA